UCCUUUAUUAUAGCUGUAUAAUAGAGGAGUAAUUGAAUUCUAUUAAAAAAGCAUGGUUAUGCGGCAUCUCAUAAUGUAAUUCUGAACUUGGAUAUUCUGCCAACUUUUAAGAAUUUUACCCGAACCUUAUUGUGAUAUCAAAACUAACUCUUGAUGAAGCCCAUGUAUCACCCUGGUAAAUUCAGGGCUAGAGGAUCACAAAGAGACUCUCAUGGAAUUCAUCCUGUACAUUUAACCCUUCAUGCUACUGCUACACCAGUAAGUGAAAGACCACCUCGACAAACACCAGACAGACAAACAAGAGAGCAAGCAGUAACUUUCAGACCAUCAGACCUACCAAUAGGACAUGGCCCAAUUUCUAGAAGGUUGUCUGCUCACAGUGAUCUUGGCUCUUCUCACAGUGUAGUGUCUGCACCUAUUCGUACCACAGCCAUAGGAGGUCCACCUAUGCUUCUACAUACAAUCAGCGACACAAGAUUGCUGAAUAAUUCAAACAAUCGAACUCAAAGUCGACAACUUGUUUCACCAUCGAAAGCUUCUGCCACAGAAUUUUCACAGUUUUCAUCUGGAGACACUCAUAGGCGAAGUAUUGGAAGUACAAGUGUUCGGGAUUUUCCUGUGUCUGAUAUUGAUUCUGUUUCAACGUCAUAUCACCAUACUCAUCUACAGCACCAACACUCGAGUGGAUCAUCUAGUUUCAGACAUCCAAUGCAAGGUAAUAAAUCAGUUUUACCUCAUCAUCACCAACAUAACCAUGAUAAUCAACAAGAGAAACCUACUCCAUGCCUUCCAGGAGAUCGUGUAAUAUUUGCGGAAAGUCCUUCUGCUCCCGGAAUUCCAAUUGUUUACAGAACUGCAGAAGAAAGAGCUUCUAAUCCAGAUCGACUAAAUCUUGAUAGGAGGAAGCUUGCUGUUUGUCCGAUACUAGAGGGGGAGGAGCAUUUAAGACUAUUGAAUUAUCAACACAACCAAAUAUCUAGAAUCCAACAUUUAUCUAAUCUUCGUCGUCUUAUAUUUCUGGAUUUAUAUGAUAAUCAAAUCACUGAUAUGACUGGACUAUCUGCUCUGAAAUCUUUGAGAGUUUUGAUGCUUGGAAAAAACAGAAUUCGCAACAUAAGUAGUUUGGAAAACCUCACGAAACUCGACGUCCUGGAUUUACACGGAAAUCAGAUUGAAGGGAUAUCUAAUUUAAAACAUUUAACGGAAUUGAGAGUCUUGAAUCUGGCUGGAAAUCAAAUAGAGAAAGUAGAUAACUUGGCUGGCAUGGAUACAUUGACUGAACUCAAUCUACGACGAAAUAAAAUACGAAUUAUAUUGGAAAUUGAAUCCUUACCAUCACUACAAAGGCUAUUCUUAAGCUACAAUUGCAUUUCAAGAUGGGAGGAUAUAUCAUGUCUUGCUGAGUCAUCAUCUUUGUCCGAAAUAUCACUUGAUGGUAAUCCAAUUACUAGCGAGUCAUGGUAUAAACAAGUUGUUCUGAAAAAUAUGCUGCAGCUAAAACAACUGGACUCGAAACGCGUUACGGAUGAUGAGAGAAGAGUUGCUGCUGUUAUGGUUCGAAAGGAAGAAGAGAGAAAAAGAGAAGUUCAUAAACAAGCGAUUGCAAAAGAGAAGAAAAGGCUUGCUAUAAACAAUGCAGCGAGACAGUGGGAAGCGGAAUUUGGAUCGAGUGCUGAUGUUUUGUCUCACGAAGAUACUAGUGACUCCAGCAGACUUCCAAGUUAUAGAUCGGGGUAUAGCAGCGGAAAGGAAAGUGGUGGAAAUUCUGAUAAAUCAGCCUGGUUGACGUAUUCAGAUAGUCAUCGUGGUUAUGCAACACAACAAUCUCAAUCUCAACAAUAUAAUAAUGGAAAUAAGCAGAGUAACACCCAACCACAUGCUACAUCACUGGACAUGUCUGAUUCGUACUUAGCCGAAAUAGACGGUGACUGUUUACAAUUGUUCGGGCCUGGUGCUCUGGAUUCAUUGGAUAAAAACUGGGGAGUUCAAACUUCAGGUUCUGUGACGACGAUAAUAAUACAAUUUAUAAAUUUUGACGAUUUUUGCACAUACAUACCGAAGAUCAGAAACAGAUUUCCUAAUGCUGUGAACUUGAUUUUGAGAGAGGUCAAUCUUCAUAGUUUGCCGCAACUCAAUGCUCUUGCACAGUUAAGAAGACUCGAGUCUAUAUCGAUCGAGUGUGGACCAGGGAAUCCCGUAACACAAUAUUCUUUGUGGAGAUCGUACCUGCUAUUUAGACUUUCUCAUUUCGAGCUUCAAAGAAUUAAUAAUGAAAAGGUUACAUCUGUUGAAGCACUGAAUGCGGAAAAGUUGUUCGGCACAUUGUCGGACGUGACAACAGCGGAGCUAUCACAAUAUCGUCUUUUAUCAAUACUCGGAGAAAUGCGCCAGAAGGUUGUUGCCACAACGGUAUCAAAUCAGAAACCUAAAAAUAAGAUAGAAGAAGACAAAACAUCAGAACGUCAGGUUGCUGCGGAAUCCAUUGGGAAAGUUGGAUUGCAAUGUUAUUCAACAAAACAAAUUCAAGCCAUAAGAAAGAAAGCAUAUCCCAGGAAACAAUUGGCUCAAGAUUUGGUGAAAGAAAUAUGUGACGAAGCAGUAAUCAUUGAAAGAAAACAUGCUGCAUUAGAAAAACUUUGGCCAUCAAUUUUCAUCGAAAUGAUUAAGGAGUCGGUAAUUGAAAUGUGGGACAAAGAGAAUUAUAUGAAGGAACAUUAUGAAGUUCUUUUUGAAACACCAACAUAAUAUUUUUGAAUAAGUUUCAGUUAGUUGUUGUGUGUGUCAUCAGAAAGCUGUGCAAAAGAGUUUGCUAUUGGUUGUUCUCACUUCAAAGAUUUUUUUAUAAUUUAUAUGUUUGCAAUUGCUUUAUCCACUGAUAGAUCACAUGCUUCUGUAUUUCUAAGCUGAACAGUUUUUUCCUGUCUGCGUUUGGUGCACAUGUUCCAUAGAACAAUGUUUUACCAUUAUUUCGCACUUUAUUCAUUUGAUUGUUGGUGGCUAACCUUCAAGACUUGUGUGUUUCAAUUGAAAUAUGGUAGGUAUGCUUGCAUUCGAGUGCUUUUCAUCAAUUUUGUAAGCUUGGCACAAAUUCAAUUUCACAUAACUAGACCUUGAUUUACAAUCUAGGAGAUUGUAUCAUAUUCUAUUUAAAUUUGCACAAAAGAUAACUAUUUACAAAACCCUAAACAUGCAUGAAGUUUUUAACUAGAUGUACUAUGCAAUGGGUGAGUAACCUGUGGCUCAAGUUUUUUUUUACCUUGCCUUUUUUCCUCACUGUAAUUUACCAAAGACUGGUCAUUUGUGCCAAAAAUGUGAAAUAAAUGUUAGAUUUCGUA